UAACAUGAGAAUUUUUUAAAAAGAUUUGAGUAUAAACAAAGAUUUAUCUGUUAGAAAAGAGUCAAAAGACUAUAUCAAAUAAGAGUUUGGAUAAGGACCGGAAAUGGUCUAACAAAGCCAACCCAAGCUGGGCCCGUGGACCGUGACGAAUGGCUUGUGGAAGUUUACUGUUCACAAUAACUUGUGAAAAAUCUCUCCCACCCUCACCUCCUCUUUGGCGCUCUUUCUCUCUCACGCACACAGCUUCAGCAAUGGUGUUUGGGAGUUCUGUAAUGACUUAAACACUUCAAACCCUUAAAUUCCACUCUCAAUCUCCUACAGUGAGUACGCUCCUCUUCUUUCUAUACGGACAUAUGUAUUGUGGGUGUGGGUGUGUAUAUUCAUACAUUUGACUAUUGUAUGUAUUUUAUGAUCCUUACUUGUGCGUUUUGAUUGCAAAUGUUUGUUUUUAUGGCGAAUUUCAGAUACCCAAUCAACUAUAAUGACUACUUCAUUAAAUUUUAGUUAUCAAUUUUGUCCGUAAUAUAAUGUAUUCCAUGCUCUUCUUUUCUAUUUUCUCUUGGAAUUUUUGAGCUAUUUUCAUAAGGUGGUUUUGCUAAAUUCUAUUUCUGAGUGUUAUUUUCUGCAACUUAUUAUGCAAUAUUUUUCACUUGUGCUCUUUUCCUUUCAGUUGCAAAUUAAGUUCUCUGUUUUUUUGAGUUGCCUUAGUUUUUUAAACAAAUUGAAAGUUAUCUUCAAUGUUAUGCUCAGUUUCCUUCUAGGUAAUUUAAAUUAACCAUUCUUUUAUUUGUUACCCCUCCCAUCACUUACAAUUAUUUGGGGAUUAAACUGGUUAACAGCUCUUAUGAUUCUUUUUUGAAAUUUUCCUCUUCAUUGGGGUGGAGGGAAGCAGUGAGGUUUUCUUAAAAUUUGUUUACAUUUCCAUUACUUGUACAUUGCAGCAUUAGAAAGUGACUAAUGAAUUCUUGGAUUUAGGGAUAAAUCGGAAUUUAUUGUUUUGGUGCUAAAUAUUGUGUUUCCAGGAAUGAGUUGUGGCUGCCUUCCUUCCCAGUUUGUUACUACAGUUUUCUUGCGUAGUGAAGGAAGGAGUUUAUCUCGUCAAUUGGAAUUUUCAAAAGGUAUCGGUUCACGUGAUUCUUUGAAGUUUGGAGGUGAUAAACUUCAGUUGAAGUUUAAUUAUCCAUCACAGAAUUCGCUUCAGCCCCAUGCCUUGUUCAUCAGAUGUGAUCAUCCUCAAAAUGCCGAUUUGCCUCGUUACUAUUCGAAGAAGGAGAAGAAGCCCUUCCCAAUCCCCAUAUUGGAGCUACGACGAGCUGCCCGGGAGAGGCUGAAGAACAGGAAACGUCAACCUCAAAGACCAGCCCCUCCUCCGAAAAAAGGAUUGGUGGUUAAAAGCCUAGUUCCUCUUGCAUACAAUGUGUUGAAUUCAAGAAUCACAUUGAUCAACAAUCUCAAGAAGCUGAUGAAAGUGGUGCCUGUUCUUGCCUGCAAAUGGUGUAAUGAAAUCCAUGUGGGAUCUGUCGGGCAUCCCUUCAAGUCAUGUAGAGGUCAAGGAGCUUCAAUCCGUAAGGGAUUUCAUGAGUGGGCAGAUGCAGUUGUGGAAGACAUAUUAGUGCCACUUGAAGCCUACCACCUCUUUGAUCGUUUGGGAAAGCGUAUUACACAUGAGGAGAGGUUUUCAAUCCCUCGUAUUCCAGCAGUAGUUGAGCUCUGCAUCCAAGCAGGGGUUGAUCUACCUGAAUACCCCACAAAAAGAAGAAGAAAGCCAAUUAUCCGGAUUGGAAAAAGCGAAUUUGUUGAUGCAGAUGAAAGUGAACUACCUGACCCCGAACCUGAAACUCUGGAAAUGCCAGUAUUAAUUGAGAUACCCAAUGCAGAAAUACUACCCCCAUCCAAUGGAGAAGAAAGGGUAUUGCUUGCUGAGGAAACACUUCAAGCAUGGGAAAAGAUGAGGGGAGGAGUCAAGAGGUUAAUGAAGAUGUACCCAGUGAGGGUUUGUGGGUAUUGUCCAGAGGUCCACAUUGGUCCUACUGGACACAAGGCGCAGAACUGUGGAGCCCACAAACACCAGCAACGGAAUGGACAACAUGGAUGGCAGGCGGCAGUACUUGAUGACUUGAUACCACCAAGAUAUGUGUGGCAUGUUCCUGAUGGGGAUGGGCAACUCUUGCAAAGGGAACUAAGGAACUUCUAUGGUCAGGCCCCUGCAGUGGUUGAAAUGUGUGUGCAAGGUGGUGCUUCUGUGCCUGAGCUGUACAAGCCAACAAUGAGGUUGGAUGUAGGGAUUCCCACAGAUGUUAGAGAAGCUGAAAUGGUGGUUUGA